GUUGGAGCGGGGCACGCUUAUGCUUUUUUCUCGUUCUUCGCCCUCUCUGUUUGCCGUUGAACCCCGCUUUCCUUUGAACCUUUUAUAACAUGGGAGGAACAAUCGCUCUGCUAGAUUUUGCGCUUGCUGGUCUUGGGAUAUGGUUGGCAAAGAGAUUACUUGCUAAGAAGCCCGCCGCUCCCUUGCCGCCUGGUCCGAAGCCUCUCCCAAUCAUAGGAAAUGUCACCGAUUUGCCCAAGACGCAGGAAUGGUUGACUUUUGCUGGGUGGGGCAAACAGUACGGGGGUAUCAUCUAUGUCGAUGCGCUGGGUCAACCUAUGAUGAUUGUUAACGACGCGAAGAUCGCCUUCGAGAUGCUUGACAAGAAGAGCGCCAUCUACAGCGACCGUCCUGUUCUCAUCAUGGCCAGUAUCCUUACAGGUUGGAAGAACACCCUCGCCCUCAGUCCGUACGGGCAUCGUUUCCGCGAGUACAGAAAGCAUCUGUUUCGCCUCAUGGGCUCCCGCGCGAACGUCGAGCCGCAGAUCGACCUGAUAGAGACCCAGACACAUAGCUUCUUGAAGAUGACUCUUGCAAAGCCCGAGGCUGUUUCAAUGAACAUCCGGAAAUCUACUGGCGCUAUUAUUCUCUACAUGGUAUAUGGCUAUAAGGUGAAGGAGGAAACUGAUGAGCUGGUCGCUCUCGUGGACCUCGCCACAGAUCAAUUCUCUCAAAUGUCUGCUCCUGGUGCAUAUCUCGUUGACGUGUUUCCUGCCCUCCAAUACAUGCCAACGUUCAUCACACCAUUCAAACAGAGGGCGGUUGCCUGGAAAAAAACGCUCUGCGAUAUGGCUGAUCUUCCGUUCAACUUGGUGAAGGCCAACAUGGCUAAGGGCACGGCAGAGUCUUCGUUCAGCUCCAACCUACUAGAUUCUAAGCAACUCACCCCAGAGGAGGAGGACAUAGUCAAAUGGUCUGCCGCUUCUCUCUACGGUGGAGGAGCUGAUACGUCUGUCUCCUCGGUAUACUCUUUCUUCUUGGCCAUGACGCUGUUCCCGAAUGUCCAGAAGAAGGCUCAGGCCGAAAUUGAUGCGGUCAUCGGUCACGAAAGGCUCCCUACUCAUGCUGACCGUGAACGCCUCCCGUACGUCAAUGCUUUGGUCACUGAAGUACUUCGGUGGAAUCCUGUGGCUCCUCUCGGCGUUCCUCAUCGUGUAAUGGAGGACGAUAUUCACGACGGUUACUUCAUCCCUAAGGGCACAAUAAUCAUUGCUAAUCUCUGGAACAUGCUCCAUGAGCCAGAACGUUAUCCAAACCCCCUGGAAUUCUCACCUGAACGUUUCCUUGACCAAAAUCCACAGGAAGACCCCCGUACAAUGUGCUUCGGCUUUGGACGCCGCAUCUGUCCAGGCCUUCAGCUCGCUGACGUCUCCGUGUGGAUCUCCUGCGCUAUGUCCCUUGCUGUUUUCGACAUCACGAAGAAGCUGGACGAGAAUGGCAUUCCUAUUGUGCCAGUCCCUAAGUACACCGAUGGUACUAUCAGUCACCCUGAGCCAUUCAAAUGCAUAAUCAAGCCACGUUCGACAAAGGCUGAGGAACUUAUCCUCCUUGAGCACUAAAUAUUUCGCCUUUGAAUAAUCAUAUGUCUUCCCUUUAUCAUUGACUCGUUAACCCCUCCCCUCUCUUCUCUUUCCUCACCUAUCAUUUGACACUUCAACUUUU